AUGCCGAGUGACCCCGUCCUCGCCUUGUCGUUUAUCAGUCCCGUGACGGUCAAGAUGACUGGAUGCGGUCGUGAAGCGGAGAAGCUUUGGAGAGUGCAACGGGCUAUCCUUCAGACGUUACCCAUGUCUUACAUGCUUUCCCGGCUGUAUCACACUCCGGGGACUUCAAGGACAGGCUACAUGCCGCAGCACAUCUGGGGCUCCAGAACAACAGCCAGUAGUAGUGAGCAGACUCGUGAUCGAGUCGUGAUCGAGAGGGCGAGCUCGGUCAUCAUGUGGUCGCCCUGGCUCAUCAAAGUCUAUUAA